UCAUUCACUUGGUAUCUGGCACUGUAAACAAAUGCAUGCUAGCAUCAAGGAAGGGACGAGAGGACGAGUUAUCAGCUAGGGAGGAGACUAGUUAGCUAGCUAAAUUAGCUUGACGCCGGGUUUUCCAACUAGAUAGCACAUCCACAAAGUCAAAAUUGGCUAUAUCGUAAAAAUUUAUGAAAACUAAAUUGGUGUUGAUGUAAGGUUAGCACUGGGGUUAAGGUUAGGUUUAAAAUCUAAUUUUAAGAAGAGAAAGUAUAGAACUAGGUGGGGGUUAUGACUUUUUGACUGUAGUAACUAGUGGCGACCGAGUGACGGGGAUUCCGACCGAAAAAUGUCUUGUAGCCGGGUAUUCCACACCAGCUGCCUUGCGCUUCUGGUACAGCUGCUCUGUCUGGAGGCAGUGCCCAUCAGUGUGGACAAGACCAAGGUGAACCAGCCGGAGGACAAAGCCUCAGAGCCGCCACCAAGUGUGGACACUGGACUCCACUAUGACCGUUAUCUCAGGGAAGUGAUUGAUUUUCUGGAAAAAGACCAGCAUUUCAGAGAGAAGCUCCAUAACACAGAUAUGGAGGACAUCAAGAUGGGGAAGCUGGCCAAAGAGCUGGACUUUGUCAGCCACCAUGUAAGGACACAACUGGACGAGCUAAAAAGGCAGGAGGUUAGCCGGCUACGGACACUGAUCAAAGCCAAGCAAGACAUCGAAGGAGGAAACGAUAUGGCAGUAGACCACCAAGCUCUGCUGAAACAGUUUGAGUACCUGAACCACAUGAAUCCUCACACCUUUGAAGUGGAGGAUCUGGACAGACUCAUCAAAUCAGCCACAAACGAUUUGGAGAACUAUGACAAGGAGCGCCAUGAGGAGUUCAAGAAGUACGAGAUGAUGAAAGACCAUGAGCGAAGCGAACACCUCAAGACUCUAGAUGAUGAAGGGAGGAAGAAGGAGGAAGAACAUUACGAGGAGAUGAAGAAGAAACAUGCAGACCAUCCCAAAGUCAACCAUCCAGGCAGCCAGAAUCAGUUCAAAGAGUUGUGGGAGGAAGCAGAUGGUCUUGACCCUGAAGAUUUUGACCCCAAGACCUUUUUCAAGCUGCAUGAUUCCAAUGGAGAUGGCUUCUUCGAUGAGCAGGAAUUGGAGGCGUUGUUUACAAAGGAGCUGGAGAAGAUCUAUGAUCCUACCAAUGAAGAGGACGAUAUGGUGGAGAUGGAGGAGGAGCGCCUGCGAAUGAGAGAGCACGUCAUGAACGAGGUGGACACCAACAAAGACAGACUGGUCUCCUUAGAAGAGUUCCUGAUUGCCACAAAGAAAAAGGAAUUCCUGGAACCAGAUAGUUGGGAGACCCUAGAGCAGAACCAGGCCUACACAGACGAGGAGAUGAGGGAGUUUGAGGAGCACCUGGCCCAGCAGGAAGAGGACCUCAACCAGAAAGCAUCAGAACUCCAGAAACAGAGGGAUGAGUUGGAGAGGCAGCAGGAACAGCUCAACACACAGAAAGUAGAGCUUCAGCAGGCAGUAGAACACAUGGAACGGUUGAAAACCCAGAAAGUUGAGCCCCCUCCAGAGGUUCAUGUAGAAGGGAAUGCUAUCCCAGAGCCACAAGGAGAGAACCAUCCUUUGUCCCCGGGCCACCAAGAUAUGUCCCAAAAUCACCCGGGUAUGAAGCAAGACAACCACCUCCAGAACCAAAUACCCCACAACAUCCAGGAUUUGUCCCAACCACGUCUCCAGGAUCUGCCACCAGGCCAUCAUGCAGUGCCAUAGGGCCAACAUGACUUACCAUAAGGCCCCCAUCAGAACCAGUUCACUCAACCCCAGCUGCCAGAUAAAACUCUAUAGACAACACCGCUGGCUCCAUGGCCCCCCACCCACAGCCCUUUACAGUACCUAUAUACCUCCAGUCCAGUGUGCAGAGAUCCCGCCAUAUGGGCAUGUGUGGCCCCUGUUAUCCUGAAGAGUUAACUGAAAACCAGCUGGAGAACACAUGAGGCGUUUACAGUAUCCCUGCCCACUUGUGGAUUUCAAUUUGAGCCUUCAAGGCCUAGAAAUGUUUUAUACAUUUGCAGUCAGGGAAUUUGUGUUAUAGAGUGCAUAUGUGUAUGUGAUGUAUGGUUUGGUCAUAGGCCUCCUGUAGCUCAGUUGGUAGAGCAUGGCGCUUGCAACGUCAGGGUUGUGGGUUCGAUUCCCACGGGGGAC